AUGACACAGCGUCGCGAGUUGACUAUUUUCGAGCGUGGACUUCACAAGGGCCAACAUGGUGCAUCUGACAUUUCUCGAAUACUCAAAAUACCUAGAGAGACUUGUCGAGAUGUCAUUAAAAGAUAUUGUGAAGAAGGCCUCACAGAACCAACUCCUCGAUCAGGAAGACCACCUCUUUUAACUGAACAUGAAGAGCGCACUCUUAUACGUACAGUCAGAGGAGACAGACAGGAAUCACUUCAACAGCUCACAGCAAAAUUUAAUGAUCUCAGCCUAACCCAAUUAGUGUUAAUCAGUAGAUUUCGGUAG